AUGGAUUCACCCUUGAAAACUACUUUAAAAGCCCGUUUGAGUGCUUAUUUGGUUACUGCAUCAGAUUACAAGCGUCAAAGAAAUAGAAUUAAUAAAAAAUUAUUAAAAUUACGUCAUGAUUUGAGUAUAAUCACGAAGAAUACUAAAGAAUAUAAACCAAAAUCCAUAACAACAGACCAAUAUAAGGAUAAUAGUAAAUAUGGAUUAAUUGAAUUAUAUUUAGCAGAGAGAGAUUUAUUAUACGCUUAUGAAAUUAAAGCCAAAUUAGAUAUAAAUAAUGAGAAAUCAUCUUCAUAUGCAACAUUAUUGAAGACUAAAAUCAAAAGAGCAUUAAAUCAUGCUGAUAAUUUAAUAAAAUUAACUGAAAAUGAAACAAACCCAGUACGCAUUGAAGUCUUUAUAUAUGCAUCAUUAAUUGCCGGACAAUUAUCAAUCACAAGAAAACAAUGGUCAAAAGCAUUAAAUGCAUACUCAAUUGCAAGAUGUUGUUUGGAGUAUUUAAAAUCAACUAACACAGACUAUACAGAUUUAUCUAAUGAAUUAAUUGAAAAUACUAUUGAUCCUGCAUUGAAUUUAACAGCAUCACAAUUGGAUUUAGGCAGUGAUUUGAAAUCCUUGUCUAGAAAAUACUGUCAUGAAAAUAAUUUUCCAGAAAUAUCACCAGUACUUCAACUCAUUGAUUCAAAUUUUACAAAAGAAAUACCAACUACGGAAUUACAAAAAGAAAUUGAAUGGAGAGGUCAUACUGCAGAAAUUUAUAAUGAUGAAGUAGCUUACAAAAUUCAAGAAUUAACAAAUAACAAAGAAUGGUUAAAAUCAAAUGAUACAAAUCAAUUUGACCAUAUUAUUGCUGCAUGGAUCGAAAUUUUGGAGUUGCAUAAACAAGAUACUGAAAAAAACCAAGAUGAUGAUGACUUAGAUCAAGUACAAAAUAGAGCUAUAUUGUUAACUUAUUUAAAUUACAAUUUAUUGUUUACAAAAUUGAAAAGAGAUUUGUUAUUAAUUGGUCAAUUAGUUUCAAAAAACAAUAUUGAAGACAAGAGAGAUAUAAUAAAAUUGUUUUUGGGAGUUAUUAAGUUGGUUGAUGAGUUAAAUGAAUUACCAGGUGUUUACAAUGAUGAAGAUUUAAGUUAUUCAUUACAACACUUGAAAGAAUUUUUCGAAUAUCAAAAGGAUUCAGUAAUAGCGGAAGCAUAUCAAUAUAAUAGUAAAUUUGCCGAGAGUUUGAAAAUAUAUACAUACAUUGACAACAAAUUAUCAGAUGACGAUAUUAGAGAGUUUUAUAAAGUUGAUUUCCCAUUUGAUGUAAGUACUAAAGAAGAAGUUGCAUUUUUCAAAGUUAAUCUCAAGAAGAAAAUAUUACAAUCACAAAUAAGUUCACAAUUUGAAGAAAAUAAAAAAUCAGCAUGUUCUAAAUUUGCAAUUGAAAAUUUAAAUAAAUAUCCUGAAGGUUUAAACAUAUUUAAUAUUAAUGAAAUUGAACCAAUCUUGUGUAAACCAGUAUUAUUUGAUGUUGCAUUCAAUUACAUAAAUUAUGACGGUGAAGUCAAGGGAGCUAUUGAAACUAAGCCAGUACAACCAGUGAAAUCAGAGCAAGCAGUUGAACAUGAAAUUGAAGGUAAGAAAAGUAGAUUUUUUGGUUUAUUUAGUGGUAAUAAAUAA